AUGAGCUUGAGGCGCUUAUUGAGGCGGACUCUGUUGUGUGGUGCGGUUGCCACUCGAGGCCUGACCCGGACCAUGUGCGCCCAGGAAACGGACUGGCAGUCGGCCAAAUCCAUCUACGAGUUCCAUGCCAUGGAUAUUGACGGGAAUGAUGUCUCUCUGGAGAAAUACCGGGGCUACGUCUGCAUCAUCACCAACGUGGCCUCAAAGUGAGGCAAGACGGGCGUAAACUACACUCAGUUUGUUGACCUCUACGGCCGAUACGCUGAGAGAGGUUUACGCAUCCUGGCUUUCCCCUGCAACCAGUUUGGCAAACAGGAGCCCGGUACAAACGAGGAGAUUAAAGCUUUUGCUGCCGGCUACGGGGUGAAGUUCGACAUGUUCAGCAAGAUCGACGUGAAUGGGGACGGUGCCCACCCUCUCUGGAAGUGGAUGAAGAGCCAGCCGAAAGGCAGGGGGACGAUGGGAAACGCGAUCAAGUGGAACUUCAGCAAGUUCCUCAUCAACAAAGAGGGCCAAGUGGUGAAGAGGUACAGUCCCAUGGAUGACCCCUUCGUGAUCGAGAAGGAUCUGCCCACUUACCUGUAAGACGGACUCUCUGUGGCCAGGACGGAUCCCGCACUCUGCCGCUCCUCCCGUUUUCCUGGGAUGCUCAGCUCCAAUGACGGCUUGCCUUGAAACCAAACCUUUCUUGGUGGGGCAGGCCCGAAAACCCAGCGCGAGCCUUGCAGGGAACCGGAAGCACUGGUGGCGGGGCUGUGGGGCACCCCUUCAGCUGCGUAGCAAUAAAAAAAAUCAGAUAUUUUUUCCUCCUCAAAA